CAUAAAUAUAUAUAUAUAUAUAUACAUAAAAUAUAAAUGAAUAUUACAUUUAAUACAUUAUAUACCACAAACAAUAAAUAAAGCGUAUAAAUAAAUAAAUACAAAAAUUAAUAAACCUAAAUUAAAUAUGGAGCAAACAUUUUGGGUGUUUCGCAUUAUUUGUGUGGGCCUUUUUCAGCGACAAAAUUUGUUAUAGGUGAGAUGUGUAAGCCAAAAUCCUCAAGUAGUGCAUGUGAAAAUAUAAAUUUAAAAAAGUCUCACGUAAUAUUCGGGCAGAGGGAGAAGUUAAGGAAAAAUCUUACGAAGUCUCACCAGGAGAGGCGUAGCGCUCAAAAAAUACUGAAAAAUUUCUCAUGUAACAUAUGGACAUCCCCAAGCCACAAAAAAGUUUAAGUUUACUAAGUUAAGAAGACUCAUCCUCAGAGUUAAGAAAAACCAACUAUAGAAAAAGUUAAACUCACUUGGUAUUUUCAAUUAACGCCCACUUUUGAAAUGGAAAAAUGACUGGCGCGCCGUCAAAAAUGUUAAUAGAAGUUACGAUUCGUGAUUUUGCGUCUGACAGCAAAAAACAUUUGUUCGUGAAGCCAUUAAUGAAAGAAGUGAAAGACUUAGCUUAAGCUUACUAUUAAAGUUUGAUAAUUCGUUACGUAAGUAGUUGUAAUCUUGUCUCUAUCUUACUGGAAGCCAGCGUGGACUCGGCGAAGUUUGUUGAAGUGGUAGUAGGGGAAAUCAAGGAGAACUAAGUAAUAAGAAAGCACUUAUAUUAGAAGUUUAAUUAGACGAUACCUUUUCGAGAAUCGAUAGGAAAAAUUUUCUAAAUUGGUACCAACUUUUUUAUCUUCGUUGUUUACAGAUUGAGAGAAAUCAGAGAUAGGAUUUCGACAUCGUUUAUGGGUCGACUCAACCAUUUUGCAUAAUAUUUUGUAAAAACGACGUCGAGUAAGGGUCGCAAAAGAGAUGCUUUACAACGUAUAAGGACCCUACAUUCAUCAAACGCUUGAUUACUGGUGACGAGACGCGGGUUUAUGAAUAUGGAAAAUUGGGUUAAGCGUCAAUGCUUGCCGUUAAUAAAGAUUUUUAUUAAAAUAUGUGAAAAUGUUUUAUUUUGUCCGAGUCAAAUUUGAUCAGAUGUUACUUUCAAACAAUAAAAAAAGACGAAGGCCGAAAAAUCUUUCAUCGAAAAUGAGGUUAAGGGGAUUUUUUUUAAUUUUAAAUAUUAUAAUUAUUAAUGAUUACUCUAUAUUGUAGCGUAAUAGUUUUAAAAAAAAGAAAAAAUUUUAUAUUUACUUCGAAAAAAUUCAUAACUGUUUAUGUUUUCAUAUUUUUUUUCGUUUAUUUUAAACUGUCAGUCGCAAGGCAAUGAACAGAAACAAGCAAAACAUUUCAAAAUAAACUUUUGCUAACAACUAAAAAUAAAUAUUUCCUGUUCAAUUAUAAAUUCCCAUGGAGCUCGCUUAUCAGCGCUACGAAAUUCACUUCAACGCUUUUAUCAGUUCGAAAAUUAGUAUUGAAAACAAUAGUAUAGCUACUUGAAUAACUGACAAGAAUCUAAACACGCUAAAAAAAAGUUUAAUAGCGAUUAGUAUUUGUUGCCGAAGCAUUGAAGCUGGAGAAAACCAACAACACAACCAUAAAAUAUUAUUUUUUUGUGCAUACUAUUAUUGAAUAUAACAACACAAGAGAGCGCUGUAGCGCGCGAAUUCUCGCCAAAGGCCAAGUCAACUUCUGUGUUUCGCGCUCACGCUGAUAAGCGAUCGAUCAGUAGAAACGGUGCGCGCUAGCAACGAACGCUCGGCGCCUGAGCAGUUUUCGGUGACAGUCACCAAGUGGCAGUCGCGCUCAGCAGAUCAGCGCUCAAAUCCAGAGUGUAGUGUGUGUCGCGUUUGACGCUCAGUUGCGGUCUCGAGAGUUUCAGCACACGACCAAAAUUGCUUCCGCGCCUUUGAAUGAUAAGUCGAUGCGUGGAAAAGUUUGAGGCGCCAAGUGUUAUUGCGUGGCGGUAGUGUUGAUAAUUAGAUAAAGUCGAAGAAAACACUUUUUUUACUUGUGUAUGAUCAACUCAGUGUUGUCAGCAAGCGUGAGUGAAGCAAAUGGAUCUGUUUUGGUGGAGAAAGGAACCGGAGCCACUACCGCCGCCGCCGCCAAGCGCCAUGCAGAAUCGAUUGAUUGAGUUUGUGGCGGGCUCGUUGGGUGGCGCCGCGCAGGUGUAUGUCUCACAGCCGCUGGACACGGUUAAAGUGAAACAGCAAACAUUUCCCUUUCUCUACAAAAACAUGUUUGAAUGUUUUGUGAACACUUAUAAGAAGGAUGGCAUAUUUCGUGGUCUUUACGCGGGCAGUGUGCCGGCCGUUAUAGCGAAUGUGGCUGAAAACUCCGUGCUUUUUGCGGCCUAUGGCGGUUGUCAGUCCUUUGUGGCAUAUCUGGUGGGUAAAGAGAACCACAGCCAAUUGAACACGACGGAAAAUGCAUUUGCUGGCUUCUUUGCGGCGUUCUUUUCGACAUUCACGCUAUGCCCCACCGAGUUGGUGAAGUGCAAAUUGCAGGCGAUACGCGAGUCGCAUGAAUGUUGCCCUGGCAUACCAGCUAACGAGCAUAUGACGCCUUGGAAAUUAACAAAAAUUAUCUACAAAGCAGAGGGUUUGGCCGGCUUUUUCCGCGGUCUCACGUCGACGUUUAUGCGCGAAAUGCCCGGCUACUUCUUCUUCUUCGGCAGUUAUGAGGCAACGCGUGAGCUGCUAACUAAACCCGGUCAGACGAAAGACGAUAUUGGUCCACUUAGAACCAUGUUUGCGGGCGCCGUUGGCGGCGUUAUGCUGUGGACAAUGAUUUUCCCCGCCGAUGUUAUCAAAAGUCGCAUACAAGUGCAGAAUUUAGAUCACGGCAUGUUAACGGUGGGUUUCGACAUUGUCCGCAAGGAGGGCAUACUGGCACUCUACAAUGGUCUGUUGCCGUCUGUGUUACGCACGAUACCGGCGACAGCGACGCUAUUCGUAAUUUACGAAUAUACGAAAAAAAUUUUGCACGAGAAAUUCGAUCCCAAAAGCGUGCCGACGAACAAGAAAUAAUAGUUUUUUGUUCUUUUCAACAUUUGAUUUUACAUUGUGUUCCUUAGGUAUAUGAUUUGCUAACUAAUAUUAGUACGGUUAUUUGUACAUUUAAUGUUACAAAUUUAUUGUAUUGGCUAAUUUUCUUUUCAAGAAUUGUUGACGAUCCGUGGGGGUCUCCAAAGCGCGCCAUUCGUGCCAAUAUAUCUGCAAAUAAUUAAGUAGGUGUAAGAAAUAUUGAUUGUUAAUUUUAAGUAAAACAACAAUUUAGAAUAAUUUUUGUAAAAAAUAAAAAUUAUGAAAAAUAAAUGAAUGUGUAAAUAUGAAACAUUAGCUUCUUGUGCUAUAAAUAUGCAUACGUUCUAAUUAAAAUUCGUAAAACGACAAAA